UAUAAGCCGACCCAUGGGCCAUGACACCAGCUAAAGAAAGAUGGGGCGUGCAAUUUCAAUUUUAAUUUUUAGGAGGUUAUCUUCCUUUCCUUAAAUGUUGAGCAUUUCUUUCUCAGAGUUUCGAAUUGAAUUUGAAAUUCAUUUUUGUUGCUACUGCUGAGAUGAUGGCGAGAAAAACCUUGGUUAAAUCUCUAUCCUCCCUCAAUUCAGAACUUCUACUUCACUGUAUGCACAAUUACACAUACAUAUCACCAAAGCCCACAUCUUCACCACUUGACUGCACAAAACCCAGGUGGCUAUCAUUCUCUACUGCACUCCCCCCUCCAGAAUGGAUACAACCCUUCACUGACCUCUCUGAUCUCAUCACACACCCCAGCAAUCUCCAGCCCUCUCCCUGGGUUCACCAAAUUAUCCUUCUUUUAGACAAUUCAUCAAACAUGGAGCUCAAUCUCACUGCCUUUUGUCGAAAAUUUCUUAUUAAGCUGUCUCCUAGUUUCGUUGCUUUCGUGUUAUGUUCUGAAAAGCUCAAGGGGGAGUGUGAUACUGCUUAUAGAUUCUUUUGUUGGGCUGGUAGGCAAAAGGGUUUUAGUUAUAAUCUUGAAUGUUAUGUUUCUUUAAUUGGUGUUUUGGCGGGUUUUCGUGAUUUGGGGAGGAUUGGGACUGUGUUUAGGGAGCUGAAAGAUAAGGGCUUUUUGGUGAAUGUGGCGUCUGCGAAUAGUUUGAUUAAGAGUUUUGGGAAUGUGGGCAUGGUUGAGCAGUUGUUGUGGGUGUGGCGACAAAUGAAGGAAAAUGAUAUUGAACCGAGUUUGUAUACUUAUAAUUUUUUGAUGAAUGGUUUGGUGAAUUCGCUGUUUAUUGAGUCGGCUGAGCAAGUGUUUGAGGUUAUGGAAAAUGGGAAAAUCAGACCGGAUGUUGUGACGUAUAAUACGUUAAUUAAAGGGUAUUGUAAGUCAGGUAAGACAAAGAAAGCAAUGCAGAAGUUGAGAGAUAUGGAGGAUAGGAGUUUGGGGCCUGACAAGAUUACUUACUUAACUUUGAUCCAGGCUUGUUAUUCAGAAUGUGAUUAUGACUCGUGUUUGCGACUUUAUAUUGAAAUGGAGGAGAAGCAAUUGGAUAUCCCCACCCAUGCUUUUAGCUUAGUGAUUGGAGGGCUUUGUAAGGAUGGGAGGACUAUGGAAGCACUUUCAAUUUUUGAAAGUAUGAUUAUGAAGGGUUACAAAGCUAAUGUGGCGAUAUUCACAGCUUUAAUUGAUUCGUACACAAAGAUUGGGAAUAUGGAAGAGGCAACCAGGCUGUUUGAGAGGAUGAAGCAUGAAGGACUGGAUCCAGACGAGGUCACAUUUGGGGUUAUCAUCAAUGGUUUGUGUAAGAGUGGGAGUUUAGAGGAGGCUUUGGCAUAUUUCAGCUAUUGCCGAGAAAAUAAUGUGGCAAUUAAUGCCAUGUACUAUUCAAGUAUAAUAGAUGGUCUUGGGAAGGCUGGGAGAGUUGACGAAGCGCAGAAAUUAUUUGAGGACAUGGUUGAUAAAGGAUGUCCUCAGGAUUCUUUUUGUUAUAACGCACUUAUUGAUGCAUUACUUAAGAAUGGGAAGGUGGAUGAAGCGCUAGGUCUGUAUCAGAGGAUGGAAGAUGAAGAUUGUGAUCAAACUGUGUAUACCUACACAAUACUAAUUGAUGGGUUGUUCAGAGCACAUAAAAAUGAAGAAGCUUUGAAGUUCUGGGAUAUGAUGAUUGACAAGGGUAUUACUCCUACUUCGGCUUCUUUUAGAGUUCUUUCAACUGGCCUGUGUCUUUCAGGCAAGGUUGUCCGAGCUUGUAAGAUUUUAGAUGAGCUUGCACCCAUGGGUAUUAUUCCUGAGACAGCAUUUGAAGAUAUGAUCAAUGUUCUGUGCAAAGCAGGUCGUAUUGAGCAGGCUUGCAAGCUGGCCGAUGGGAUCAUUGACAGGGGACGUGAAAUACCAGGCAAGGUUCGCACUGUUAUGAUAAAUGCCUUGAGAAAAGCAGGAAAUGCAGACUUGGCCAUGAAGUUAAUGCAUAGCAAGAUUGGUAUUGGAUAUGAUAGGAUGGGUAGCAUAAAAAAGCGAGUGAAAUUUCGGGUACUCGUAGAUAGUUAACAGUUCUUUGGUGCUUGGAAAUAUAUUUUUGAAGAGUUGAUUGAAAAUGUAUCUGGUGAAGCUCGCUUGUAAGGAAGUUCUGAAUACAUGACGACUUGAUACAUUAACUUUGUAGUAUAUAUAUUAACAUGGACAAAUAUCUAACCCCUUAUUGUAUUGAAUACUUAAAUAUGCUCAUUGAGGUCUGACCAAAAUGACAUAGUACGCAAGAAGCUCUGUCAGGCUUGUAUUUUGGAAUGAGGUCAUUCAGCAUCUUGCUGGAGCUAUGAAUGCAGUACUUGCAUACCUCUCUGCUUGCCCUAAGUGUCAGCAGGCUUGUGUAGCAGAAGAAUGUUUUUCAAAUUUCAAAGUUCGCACAUCUUGAUCAUCCAGUAUGAUGUCUGCUUACUAUUUUAUCACCCAUUAACAGAUUUAAAGAGGUUCACCCAUUAACAAAUAGACAGAGGCAGUAUGCUGACUUGCACAUUAGAACAAGCAAGCCCAAGAGACGAAAGCAAAGGAGGAGUUUGAGGAACUUAGUCAACUAGUGUGCUGCUGAUUGAUGUUUAUUUUUCCUUUGCCUCUCCGGUUGUGGUUUAAUUGCGCACGCGUAUAUUAGAAUAACAUUAAGAGUUAAGACAGCCUCAAGAUUGAACAUUAAGCUAUUUGAAUGGCAUGGUAGGAUGCUCAUACAUAGGAAGUUCCACCAAGGUUAUCGAUAUAGGUAUCCAUUGUGGCUGAGUUACACUGUACAUUCUCCACGGCGAAACGCUCCCUUCGUCAAUAUCCAAUUUCACCAUGGGCUCAAUUGCCACCCAAACGCAUGCAAACUCAGCCAACAACUAUCGUGUUUUAGCUUCAUUUUGUGGUAAAGAUAGUUCUGCAGAAACAAACAUGAACAUGUCCAAUUGGAUAGAGAGCUACAACCCUUCAAACAACACCUGGCAUCGCAUUAGUUCAAUACCAGGACUAAUCGAGAAUCAUACUUUGAAGGACUUUGCAAUGGUCUCUAUAGGUGACUCGGUCUACAUAAUUGGUGGCCGCCUUUGUCACAAAGAAGUAAGUCAUGAGGCUGAUGAAAAUAUGGAAGUUCAACUUGAAGUUUUACCAUCUGUGCUACGUUACGACGUCCGCACAAAUGUUUGGUCUAAGUGUGCACCUUUGAUGUUACCAAGGUUUGAUUUUGCGUGCACGACUUUGGAAAAUAAAAUUUAUGUGGCCGGAGGGCGGUAUUCACUGGAAAGCGCACGUGGGACGUCAUCGGCCGAGGUUUAUGAUCCGGCGUUGGAUCAGUGGAAGCCAUUGCCUGGCAUGACCACAAUGAGGUACAAGUGUGUGGGAGUCACCUGGCAAGGGAAAAUUCAUGUGGUAGGGGGAUUUGUUGGCGGAGGGGACAUGAUUGGUAGUCCAGGACCGUACAUUAUGGAGAGAAGUUCUGCAGAGGUAUUUGACACGGUAACUGCUAAGUGGGAUUUUGUUCCAAGGAUGUGGGAAUUAGAUGUGCCUCCUAAUCAAAUCGUUGCCAUCAAUGAGAGGCUAUUUAGCUCAGGGGAUUGCUUCAAGGCAUGGAAGGGGCACAUUGAGGUCUUCGAUGGGAAGCUUAAUAUGUGGAGUGAAGUCCACGGAUCAAAUUCUUAUAACUUAUCAGGGUCUCCCAUUGCCACUACGGACACCAGCGGAGAUGAUUGGCCACCAAUGCAACGGUUAUACCUCACCAUGGCACCAAUUGAUAACCAUUUGUACUUUAUAGUCGGGUACCGGAUGCCAGGUGAGGUGCCAAAAACGAGUUCGAAAGUCCAUGUGUUCAACACACUAGUAAAUGGGGAUGGUUGGAAAAGCUUUGCGCCUUUGGAAGAGGAAGGGGAGAAGGAACUCUGUGGUCACUGCUGUGUUCUUAAACAGGUUUAGCACAUAGAGAACCUUAAGAUAUAUUUUUAUAUAUUAAUGUACUUGGUGGUUUUAAAUUACUAUUUCACUCA